CAAACGGCUGACAGGCAAACAAAACCGCAUGUGCUUACAUCCUUCCACAACGUAGGCAUCUUUCGCGGGCGACGAAAAUCGCAUUCUUUUGCUUUAAUAUUCUAUUUGUGAGGAAAUAUCGUGCAGCACAACGGUCUGCAAUAGAACGCAAGCAUGGAGGUCGAUACAGCCGCUGAAAGCGUUCCCCGGGAAGCGACCGGCACGGAAAAACUGCACAAGAGGAAACCUGCAACGCAGUUGAGUGAGAUUCGUCAAGUGCUUAUCCCAAAGACACGCAAAACGGCGUUGAAAGAAAACUGGAUGAAAAUUUUUACACCCGUUGUCGAGCAACUCUCCCUGAUGAUACGAUACAACGUUAAAAAUAGUAAGGUACAUGUUCGAAUCCAAAACGGGCCUGGUAUCGCUAUUCUGCCCAGCAAACUUCUAACCCAGCCGGCAACUUGUUCAUCCCCACAGGUGGAAAUAAAGGCCACUGAUGCGACGCCAGACCUCACCUACCUGCAGAAAGCGGACGACUUUGUGCGUGCCUUUGCGCUUGGAUUCGAGGUGGAGGACGCGCUAGCAAUGAUCCGGCUGGACGAUCUGUUCAUCGAAAGCUUCGACGUAACGGACGUGAAGUCGCUUAAGGGUGACCACCUUAGUCGAGCGAUCGGACGGCUGGCGGGAAAGGGUGGCCGGACCAAGUUCACCGUAGAAAACACGACCAAGACGCGCAUCAUUCUGCAGGGCUCGAAAAUUCACAUCAUGGGCAGCUACAAGUACAUCCAGCACGCCAAACGCGCCCUUAGCCAUCUGAUUCUGGGCUCGCCGGCCAGCAAGGUGUACGGUAACCUGCGCACGGUGGCCGCCAAUCAAGCCUCGCAGCGAAUGUAGAGGUGAUUGGGGCCAAUGCAACGAAAAGAUUAUUUUGAAAUGUAAUUUAGUUGUUUAAGAAAACCGUUCAUUUUCAAAUUAUGGGAAUGUGUUCUUUGAUUUCGUGGGCAAUUAAACCCACAGUACAGCAGAUCCUGUAAUAUAGCACGAUAUUUAACUGUUGGCGAUCGUGGUAUGGAAUAAAGAAGCAACAAUACCGUCAUUAAAA